AUGAGCGGCGACCAGGACGCAGAAGCGGCAGCGAAAGCGGCUCUAGCGACGGCUACAGCCGCUGCCACGCCGUCAAAGACCGAGCAGAAGGAAGGAGAGAUCUCGAUCGAGGCGACUGUGGCGCCGUCGGAAGCAAUUGAGGCCAAGAAGAAGCUUGUACUGAAGCGCAAAGCCAGCAGUGAACAGGUGGUCCCCGUCGAGGCGAAAGCGUGCGCUGUAGAGAGCCCCCGCGCGUCGGUCAAGAAAGGUGGACCGUCCAAACCGGUCGAGGAAGAGGACACCGAGUCGGAGCCGGAGAAGCAGCCGAAGAAGCGCGUGAAAACGAGUAAAAAGGAACCCAAGACUGGUGGUCGUAGGAAGAAGACGCCGCAGUCGGACGACGAUGACGACGACGACGUUGAUGAAGAGCAAAAGGAGGUGGAGAGGAAGGUUGGUGCGCUGAGUGACGAGAUCAAGGGCAGGUUUGGCCAGAUUGUCUGGGCCAAAAUGGGAGGCUACCCGUAUUGGCCGUGUAUUAUCACGGACCCGAGACUGCUCUCUUCAAAGCUGCAGGAAACCGCUGUGAAAGUGCUGGAGACCAAGUACCUUGUGUUUUUCUACGUCUCGAAGAACUUUGCUCCUGUUUCGUUUCAAGUGGAUUGA